GCGCUGACACUGCAGCUACCGUAGCUACACGACAAAGUUAAUUCCUAAUAUCACUUGUAACGAUCAAACUAUACGAUGGACGUAGAAGAGUUUCGAGUAAGAGGGAAGGAAAUGGUGGACUAUAUUUGCACGUACAUGACUACGUUGCGUACGCGGCGAGUCACCCCAUCUGUGGAACCGGGAUAUCUGCGGACAGCACUGCCGGCUGAGGCGCCUCAUCAUCCCGAAAAUUGGGAUGACGUGAUGAAUGAUGUAGAGAAUAAAAUCAUGCCAGGAGUCACGCACUGGCAGCACCCACGUUUUCAUGCGUAUUUCCCCUCGGGUAACGGCUAUCCGUCCAUUCUUGGGGAUAUGCUGUCAGCGGGUAUCGGAUGCAUUGGAUUCUCAUGGGCAGCGAGUCCUGCAUGCACAGAGUUGGAAAUUAUUAUGUUGGAUUGGAUGGGCAAAGCAAUUGGCCUUCCUCCGGCAUUUUUAGCACUUGAAGAAGGCAGUAAAGGUGGCGGAGUAAUAGAGGGAUCAGCGAGUGAAUGUGUUCUUGUCUCAAUGCUGGCAGCUAGAGCAAACGGCAUCAAAAGAUUAAAACAUCAAUUUCCAACUGUGGACGAGGGGUUGCUGCUCUCAAAACUUAUAGCAUACUGUUCUAAAGAAGCCCAUUCGUGUGUCGAGAAGGCUGCGAUGAUAUGCUUCGUAAAAUUGCGAAUUCUGCAGCCUGAUGAAAAUGGAUCGCUCAGGGGAGAAACAUUAAAGGAAGCCAUGGAAGAGGACGAGGAGGCCGGACACGUGCCAUUCUUUGUUUCAAUUACGUUAGGCACGACUUCAUGUUGUUCUUUUGACAACUUACCGGAAAUAGGGCCUGUUGUAAGAAAAUUCCCGUCCGUAUGGCUCCACGUAGACGCCGCCUAUGCCGGUAGCUCCUUUCUAUGUCCAGAACAUAAACACCAUUUAGCAGGAAUCGAGUAUGCUGAUUCUUUCAACACUAAUCCGAAUAAACUGAUGCUUACUAGUUUUGACUGUUCACUAUUGUGGGUUAAUAAUCGGUAUCUAUUAACAUCCGCACUAGUCGUAGACCCCCUCUAUCUCCAACAUUGUUAUGACCACACAGCAAUUGACUACCGACACUGGGGUGUGCCACUGAGUCGCCGUUUUCGAUCAUUGAAGCUUUGGUUUAUGCUGAGAAGUUAUGGAAUUAGUGGUUUGCAGAAAUACGUGCGUCGGCAUUGCGAAUUGGCAAAAUAUUUCGAGCAACUCGUCAAAAAGGACGAUCGCUUCGAAGUCUGUAAUCAAGUAAAGUUGGGUUUGGUGUGUUUCCGUUUGGUUGGAGGACCAGAUGAGACGAAUGAGCAGAUUGAUGAGAUGAACAAAAAGCUGCUUACAAAUAUCAAUGCGUCGGGAAAGAUCCAUAUGGUCCCGGCAUCGGUACGUGACCGAUUUGUGAUUCGUUUUUGUGUGGUUCAACAACAUGCUACGCGGGAAGACAUUGAAAUAGCAUGGGAUAUCAUAACGGACUUUGCUACAGAGCUUUUAGAGGGUCCAGAUAAGGAACGGGAUUUGAACGAAGAGCGCACUCGAAGACACCGCGCGGCGUUGGCUCACAAGCGUUCAUUCUUCGUGCGUAUGGUGAGCGACCCCAAAAUCUACAACCCAGCUAUAAACAAGACACCACCACCGGCUCCUACGUCGCCCUGUUCCCCUCCGCCCGUCGUGCCCACCACGCCUGAUACACCAUCUGAAACGGAAUUGCAGCCAACGACACCAAAACAAUCUUCUUGGAUCAGCUGGCCACUAGCGUUCUUCUUCCAGAGCGUUGAUCAUGAUCCGAACGAUUUACCAUUGAGAUUCCGUCAUUUGGAUACGAUGGUGCGUCUGAAAAGUCCGGGGACAUCCAGUCGCCGUAGUUCGUCGCCAUGCGCGUCGCCAGAACGUCGCGCGCCUUCCCCCUCCGCACACUGAUAC